AAUGUUGGGAUAAUGACCCUGAUAAAAGACCCGAUAUACAACAAGUUUUUGGAAGAUUAAGUGCGAUGGGUGAAAAGAAAGAGCAUCUCUUAGAAGAAAUACCUGUUACCACCAACAAUGAUAUUGAUGUGACUUUGGCACAUUCAAAUUCAAUGAAUUCAAAUAAUUUGUCUUUAUUAUUAAAAUUUGAUCAAUUAGUUGAAGGUUAUGACGAGGAUUCAGAAUCGAAGGGAAAUGAAAAGCAAGAACCAACUAAUGAGGGUUCAUACGAUUUAAAUUCUGCGGAUAAUUCAACAGAGAAUAACGAAAAUUAUGACGAGGAUUCAGAAUCGAAUGGAAAUGAAAAGCAAGAACCAACUAAUGAAGGUUCAUACGAUUUAAAUUCUUCGGAUGAUUCAACAGCGAAUAACGUAAAUGAAAAGCAAGAACCAACUAAUGAAGGUUCAAACGAUUUAAAUUCUUCGGAUGAUUCAACAGAGAAUAGCGAAAAUGAACAUGACCUUGCUUCACUUUCGGAUGAAUUAUAUGAUUAUCUUUUUGACCAAAUUGAUGAUGAGUAUGAAGACCUUGUUGAAGAGAUCACAAAUAUCGUUACGGAGAAUGAUACUACUUUAGAAGAAAUGUUUGAGUGGCUUGAACAACAUCAAACGAAUUCAAGGUUCAUUUGUUUACUUGGUUUCUUUUAUUAUAAUGGAAUGGUAGUAGAUCUGAAUUAUGUAAAAGCCAACAAAUUAUUCCGUAAAUCAAUCAAGAAAGAUGAUGCUUUAUCAAUGUAUUUUCUUGCUAAUUCAUAUGAAUCUGCAUGGGGUUGUGAAAUUAAUGUUGAAUUAUCAAUGAAAUAUUAUGAAAAAGCUGCAAAUAACGGGAACUAG